AUGGCGGCCGAGGGGCCGGAGCCGCGCCCGGAGGCGUCGCUGGUGUCCCUGUACCGCUGGCUGGACACGGUGCCACUGUCGCGGCCGCGCAGGAACAUCGCCCGCGACUUCAGCGACGGCGUGCUGGCGGCAGAGGUGGUGAAGUUCUUCUUCCCCUCCCUGGUGGAGCUGCACAGCUUUGUCCCCACCAGCUCCACGGCGCAGAAAGUCGCCAACUGGGGCCACCUCAACAGGAAGGUGCUGAGCAAGCUGAACCUGCGGCUGCCCGAGGAGAUGAUCCAGGCGCUGGCCCCCGUGAAGGUGCUGAGCAAGCGAACUGCGGCCGGCAAUGUCGGGGGGUCUUGGCCAGCCGGAACGGCGAGCCUGCAGCUCUGGGGGACAAAAAUCCUCCAGAGGCAGAGGAACGGCAAGGGAGGGGCUGGGAAGCCACCAGCGGAGUCGGCAGCGCUGGAUGAGGGAAAGUACCUGGACACAGGCCAGCGCAGGCUCCGGAGCGAUUUGGGAAGGGGCUGCAGCCAGGACGGCGCUGCCAGGGCGGUGACAGUGGCGGUGCCAGCGCAGCAGCCCGGGGCUGGCCCUGGGGACAUGCGACAGCAGCUGGCGGAGCGCGAGCAGGCGCUGCAGCUGGCGCGGGACACGAUCCAGAUCCUGCAGGCCAAGGUGGGGCGGCUGGAGCAGCUCCUGCUCCUCAAGAAUCUCCGCAUCGACGACCUGAGCCAGCGGCUGCAGCAGCUGCAGGGCCAGCGCCGCUGAGCCGCGACAGCGACACCGCGGGGACAGCGCGGGGACGACACGGUGGCUCCCGGUGGCUCCGGUGGCUCCGGUGGCUCCCGGUGGCUCUGGUAGCUCCCAGUGGCUCCCGGUGACUCUGGUGGCUCCCAGUGCCUCCCGAUGGCUCC